GUAGAGGGGGUGGUGGGAGCCCCGGGGAGCCGCUGUGUCCCGGCAGGUCCCGGCAGGUCCCGGCAGGGCUGAGGGCCGGCGGGCCGGGCGGUUUUCUGGGGCUCUGCCUCCGUGGGCUGCGGCUGGCCCGGGGCCGCGCGGGCGGCGAAGCGGCGAGGCCAGAGCUGAGCCAGAAGCGGGCAGUCGGUUGGUGCAGCGGUCAGGGAAUUUCCUGAGCUGCCUUUAAUACUUCAGGUGUUCUUCGAAACCUGUAGAGGAUUGUUUUCUGUCCAAGUCACCCGCUGUGACUGACUAUGCUCAGAUCAGGCUGUGUGGGGAGCAGGAGCUUUAUCUAACGUGGAGUGGCAGACGGUGUUGUGUUUGUCACCCAACGCGGUUGUUUUCAGCUUAAACCUCCUGCAGCACUUGAAGCCUGGUGAAACGCUGUGAUGGCAGCUCAGAUGACCGAUGCUCAUCGACGGUUCUUGCAGGUUCUGAUGUCUAAUGGGAUAACAGAAGGAUCAGAGGCCAGAAAACUACACCAGCACUGCUGUGAAACUGAUAAAGUUUACUAUGCACAGGAUAAACUGGAUGAUUUCAUCAGCACUAUUAAUAGCCACCUGCAGCCUUUGUUUAUGCAGAUCCGGAAAGGACUAUCGGAAGAUGACGGGACAGCACAUUAUGCUGUAGUGAAUUUGGCAGAAACUGAAGUAACUAAAAUGGCAUCUGACUAUACAGAAAUCGAAUUGGAAUUGUUCAGAAAAACAAUGGACCUAAUAAUUGUAUCAGAAAAUGGCUUUGCCUCAUCUACAGAUAUUUUAAACUUGGCUGACCAACUUAAGACAAAGAAAAUGAAGAAAAAGGAAGCAGAACAAGUACUGAAAGGUUUUGUGGAGGAUAAGUGGCUCUCUGAGAAAAAUGGAGAAUAUACUCUGCAUACUCGCUGCAUAAUUGAGAUGGAACAGUACAUUCUCAGCAACUACCAGGAUGUGGCAAGGAAAUGUAACAUCUGUCACAGCCUCGCCAUCCAGAGCCAAGUAUGUGAAUCCUGUGGAAUUGGAAUGCACUUACCUUGUGUCAGAAAGUACUUCAGAGGCCAGACUGAACGCCGCUGUCCCAAGUGUAAUGAAUUCUGGUCUUGUGACACCCCAGGUGUGAGUCGGAUGGGCUCCCAGACUCCACAGAGCUCCACUCUUGGCCCUAGAUGACGCCAGUAAAACUUGAUGUCAGUGACAUCCGUUUGCCCCCACUCUGGCAGAACAGCCAGACUGUAUUGUAUUCAUUAGUAACAGUGCUCAGUGUACUCAUUUUCUAAAGUUCUAAGACUCUUACAAUAAAAUUAUCAUUGAUGUUACUGUUCACAGGAA